GUUCGCCAAGAAAAACAAAAAGAAAUAUGCCAAUCCCAAAAGGGACAGCAAUUGUAAUUUUGCAAUUCCCCCAUAUCCUGCUUCCUCAAUCCAUACCCUCUCUCUCUCUCUCUCUCCUUCAACUGAUCAAACUCCACCUAGUGUCUUUCCGUUAACGGUUGCUUCUAACUCUUGCAACGUCCACAUUUAUAUCAAAACUACAAUUCCUUCCUCCAUUUUAAAUACGCCUAUUUUUAGCAUCAUUGCACCCAUUCUUCCACACCUCCUAUGAUUUACAAAAUAUUCCUGAAAAAAGCAGGCGUAAAAGGUGAAAACCCACAAAACAUCGAACCCUUUUUUUGCAGAUUAAGCUACAAAGAACAAAUUUUUAGCCUCAUUGCCUGAGAAAUCUUCCGUCUUUGCUGUGAUGAAGAAGCUGAAAUCGAUCCCUGAUCCCAGCUUCAGCCGUUUCGAUCUUCUGUCUGAAGAGAUAGUAUUCACGCUCCUUGAUUUCCUCGACAACCCUGUUGAUAGGAAGUCGUUUUCUCUUGUUUGCCGGUCGUUUUACGACAUUGAGUCCCGCCAUAGGAAGCUCUUGAAACCCCUUCGUUCGGAGCUGUUAAUGAAAGUUUUGCUGAGAUACCCUCAUGUUUCAAAUCUUGAUCUUUCGCUCUGUCCUAGAGUGACCGAUGCUACGCUUAAUGUUGUAUCCAGUUAUUGUAAGGGAUUGCUGCGGUCGAUUAAUCUGUCUAGGUCCAAGUUUUUUGGGCAUGUGGGGCUGUCUAAUUUGGUGUUGAAUUGCGCGAAUUUGGUUGAGAUUGAUCUGUCGAAUGCCACAGAGCUUAAGGACUUGGCCGCGGCUUCCAUAGCCGAGGCCAAGAACUUGGAGAAGCUGUGGUUGGUUAGGUGUAAGUCUAUUACUGACAUUGGGAUAGGUUGUAUUGUUGUGGGGUGUAGGAAGCUCAAGUUGCUGAGCUUGAAAUGGUGUUUGGGUGUUGGUGAUUUGGGGGUGGGAUUGAUUGCUGUUAAGUGUCAAGAUAUUCGCAGUUUGGACCUCUCCUUCUUGCCGAUCACCAAUAAAUGCUUGUCGCAAAUCUUAGAGUUGAAACACCUUGAAGAUUUGGUUCUAGAGGGGUGUUUUGGAAUCGAUGAUGACAGCCUUGCAGCUCUCAACCAAGGAUGCAAAUCUCUUGAGACACUUGAUAUGUCAAGCUGUCAGAAAGUCAGUCACGUGGGUUUAUCUUCUCUCACCACUGCUACUGCAAGUUUGAGGCAACUAAUCUUGUCCUAUGGUUCGCGCGUGGAUCUUGCUCUUGCUGAUAGUUUGCAAAAGCUUUCUAUGUUGCAAUCUAUAAAACUUGAUGGUUGCAAGGUCACGUGUUCCGGACUCAAAGCCAUUGGGAACUGGUGUGUUUCACUGAGUGAACUAAGCUUAAGUAAGUGCUUAGGAGUGACAGAUGAAGGACUUUCCCCCCUCGUUGCGAAACACAAAGACUUGAAAAAACUAGACAUUACCUGCUGCCGCAAAAUAACUAGUGCAUCUGUUGCUCACAUAACAAAUUCUUGUACCUCCCUCGUUACCCUCAAGAUGGAAUCAUGCACCUUGAUUCCAGCUGAGGCUUUUGUUUUGAUUGGGCAGCGAUGCCAGUUUCUGGAGGAGCUUGAUGUUACGGAUAAUGAAAUUGAUGAUGAAGGUCUGAAAUCCAUCUCCACAUGCUCUCGAGUCAAAAGCUUGAAGCUGGGGAUCUGCCUGAAUAUAACCGACGAGGGGCUCAUCCAUAUAGGCACGUCUUGCUCAAAGCUCAAAGAGCUAGACUUAUACAGAUCGGAUGGAAUUGGUGAUUCUAGUAUCUCGGCCAUUGCUAGUGGUUGUCCUGACCUAGAAAUGAUCAAUAUUGCAUAUUGUAAAUCCAUCACUGAUCGUUCCUUGAUGUCCUUGUCCAAAUGCUCGAAGCUGAACACACUAGAAAGUCGGGGAUGCCUUCUUAUCACUUCAGUGGGUCUAGAAGCCAUUGCAAUGGGAUGCAAGCAACUCUCCAAGUUGGACAUAAAAAAGUGUCACAACAUUGAUGAUGCUGGAAUGAUUUCUCUUGCUCGCUUCUCUCAUAACCUCAAACAGAUAAACUUUUCGUACACAUCGGUCAGUGAUGUGGGGCUCGUCUCCCUUGCAAGUAUUAGCUGCCUACAGAGCAUGACUGUCCUCCACGUGAGGGGCUUGACUCCCAGAGGACUCGCGGCUGCUCUCUUAGCAUGUGGUGGACUAACCAAAGUAAAGCUUCAGUCUUUGUUCAAAUCUUCGUUGCCAGAGCUUCUUGUCAAACAUCUAGAAGCCCGUGGCUGUGCUUUCCAGUGGAGAGAUAAAGUAUUUCAGGCGGAGUUAGAUCCCAAGUGUUGGAAACUUCAUUUAGACGAGAUAGAGUAACGCAGUCCAGAAAACUGCAAAUUAAUGACAAUUGUGCUACACUCUUGAAGCUCGUCAUAAAGGUUCGUCCCGUCUCUCAAUUCUACGGUAGGCGGUACGUGGUAGCAUACUGUUUGCUUCUCAAGGUUGGUAACAACUAACAAGUGUUCAUCUUGUUGAGUCAAACAGUUGUUCGUCUCUCUUUGCUUUGGAAGGGCCACCAAUUUUGUUCAAACUACGUUUUCUUGUUGCGUCCAUUUUUAUCGAUGCGUACAUUUAUAAUGUCAUUACGGCAUGCUUGCAAAGUAUAAAAUGUAAUGCGGAAAGCUGGCCCUAUGCAGUACUUAGUGUACCAUAUUUAUUGUCUCA